UGUUGAGAGUUGAACGCGUGUAGUUGAUCUGCGCUAGUUCCGCAGCUGAUUGGUGUUGAUUUGCAGUGCCAUUUGAUGGCUAAAGUGAAAAAUAUCGAUGUAAAGAGGAAGUUAAACGGUUAAAAAGUGAUUGGACGAGUUUUAUGGAGAUAAUACUUUUUACCGCGGCAUGAAUUUAGUGACAGUGUAGUUUUAGUGUAGAGCGAUCGUGAACAGUCGUGCAAAAUCCAAGACACUAGAGCUUCUGGAUCUGUCAAGAGUGCAAACCCUGCUAGUGGUAAAGAGCAGUAAGAAAGAACAACAACACCAGUCGAAAUCAAAGGUGAGGAGAUCGAGAGCGAAAAACAAAACUUGUGAGAGAGAUAGAGAGAGAUUAUAGAAAGAGAGUGAUUAAAAGCGUGGUGGACACGAGAGUGGCGUAUGCGGUGUGAAUCUUCGUGCGUUCCGCUAAUCAACAGACAACAGCAUCGGUUGAGAGCGAGGGGCGAGUGGUGAGCGGCGAGAGAGAGAAGUGCAGCAGAUCAUAAAAACAUCUUUCCAACUGCUUAUUCUGGACUACCACAUAUUGUCUCCUCAAAAGUACGUAAAUAGGAAUCACAUUCAUCAGCAGCGAACGCUGUUGUUAACUAUCGCCCGAUGGAAGGACAGACUUUAGUUCUCCCGGAAAGAGGGGGUGGAGGAAGAGAUGAAGGUGGAGGUGUUGGUACUGAAGAAUUGCGCGCCUUUGCUUCCGUUGCGGAACAAGGUGAAACCGCCGCUGAGAAAACCCAACUCUGUCCGCCCCGAACCCGAUCGCAAGGUGGCAGUAAUAAGAAGCAGCAGAACAAGCAUUUCUCGCGACAGCAAUGUAAGAGCAAAAAGUGGAAAUUGAACAAAUUUAGGCGCAAUCAAAAGGAUGGCAUUGGUGGAGGGAAGAAAAAGGAUCAAGCGAAAGGAUUGGAUUGUGGUUUGACCGGUGGGAAAGGAGAUGAAAAGCAAAAUCCGUUGGGAGUUAAUACGGAGUGCAAACAGCAACAGGGCAAGAGCAAACAUUCAAAUAAGAACAACAAUAGCUUGAUGCAAGCAAGAACAAAAAGGUUGCAGUCGGUUUCGAAGUUCUUUCUCCCUGAUAAACGACCGAGGAAAGAUUGUAUCAUUCCGCCAACAAAAUUCUUACUGGGUGGAAACAUUUCCGAUCCAUUGAAUUUGAACAGUUUGCAGAACGAAUCUGAGAAUGCUGUUACCCCAAAAUCUUCGCCCAUUCCAACUCCUCCGCAUUAUAAGAACAAAAUCGAAGUUAUCAUCCCGCCAAACAUCAACGACCCGCUGCAUUUAUUGGAUCCGGUGGAUUCUGUCGAAUAUGAAAUGCAACUCUGCUCGCCUAUGAAAAAGAAACAGCGAGCCCGCAACAAACGGAAACGAAAGUCGAAAUCUGAGAAGAACAAUCAAAGCUUGGAUUCCAGCGCGGGGAUCGCUGCUGGAGGUCAACUUAGCACAAGCAUUUCGGAAGCCGAAGCAACCACAGCAGAAGAAGCUCAAAUGGAAGCCCCUGGGUCCACAGGAAAGAACGUUGAGCAUUCGCUUGAAGGUGGGAACACGGGUGAUCGCGAUAAAGCUACCCGAUGUUUGCGAUUGGACUUGGAGGUUUGUCGCAAACGACGAAUUAGCGAAAGCACUUGUUCUAGUAAGAACAAGGUACGUCGGAUGGACUCUAUGGAUAAGAUUGUGAGUCCGGUUAUUCCUCAACCAGGUGCAUGGAAACGUGGGCAUUGGCCGGCCAUGCCUGUUGGAGGCCGAAAUCGCACACGAACCCAAUCAUGCACAUCAAACAGCGAAGAACCACCCGGUAAGCAACCCGUUCUCGAAGGGGAGGUCAACACUGAAACUCCUCAAACCACAGAACCAGACAUUAAGGUUAAUAACGUUGAGCAACCAAAACCUGAACCUAGUGAAAGUGAGACCCAAGCCAAACCCAAACCUCACGAAGAUUCAAAGUAUCACUACGGCAAUUAUGACCGAUAUUACGGAUAUCGCAACUUGAACGAGUUUAUCGACGUUCGGCUCAAAGUAUUCCUACGCAAUCCAUAUCUGUUCCGAGAUAAGGAUGUUCUUGAUAUCGGGUGCAACGUGGGAUUGAUGACGAUUGCAGUAGCGAAAAUGCUGCACACUAAAAGCAUCACCGGGAUCGAUAUCGAUGAGAAACUAAUUGCCAAGGCAAGACGAAAUCUUACAACGCACGUCAGAAUACAACCAGGACAUGCAAAACAUGGUGGGGAAACUAAGCUGAGUGGGGAGAAAAGGAAAAGAAGGAUAUCCAGAAAACUUACAACUGGCGAAGAGAAGUCAUUGGUAAAAGAAGAAGAAGCUCCACACGAAGAAAAACCUGCAGAGGUUCCGGACACUGCUGAAAGCAUGCCCAAACCGGAAACAUCAUCCGCCAAAAAAGGGCAACAUCCGCAUCGGCGGAAGUUUCCCGGCCGUCACAGUCACGGAAAACAUCAUAUGCACAACCAUCAUCAUAAUCAUCAACGGAAGGAUCCCAGGAAGGGCAAUUCGGAGUUUUAUCCGAUUUCGUUUCCGUUGUCGUUGGGAAACUUCGGAUCUAAGGCGUGUCUGUUGGAUAUGGGCGCGAAGGACCACAAAUUCCCGAAUAAUGUGAUCUUCAAAACGAUGAACUACGUCCUCAAGGAUGAAUCGCUGAUAAAUUACGAUACUCAACAGUAUGAUCUGAUCCUGUGUCUGUCAGUUACCAAGUGGAUACAUCUCAAUUUCGGUGACAACGGACUGAAGAUGGCGUUCAAACGAAUGUUCAACCACUUGCGCCCCGGCGGAAAACUGAUUCUCGAGGCCCAAAACUGGGCAAGCUACAAGAAGAAAAAGAAGCUUACGGAUACAACUUGUGAGAACUACAAAAGUAUCGAGUUUUUCCCGAAUAAAUUUCAUGAUUACCUGCUAAGUCCUGAAAUAGGAUUUAGUCACAGUUAUCCCCUAGGUAUUCCUAGACAUUUGAGUAAGGGUUUUCGGCGGCCAAUUCAGUUAUACGUUAAGGGCGAUUUCACUCCGAGUCAGGCUCAAUGGAGUGACACAUACCAUCCGCAGACGCCGUAUGUCAACCACCAUAAUAUCUACACAGACAUUACCACCCCCACACAGAAUCCCUGCAUUUGGGGCUCAACAACACCGUAUCAGCCAAGUUAUAGCACCCGUUGUACACCGUCGCACAGUUUUAUGGCCACCUCACCCUACUAUAACCCGAGACAAACCGACAGCUACCAACCGAGCUACGAUGCGGGCAAUCGUCGUGGUAGUUACUGUUUCGCUUCACCCCUCUACUCGACCACCUGGUCGCCACCGUCGGAUCUGCGUCACCGGCGAUCCGCCUCCAAUACGCCCAAUUCGGCCAGUAUUAGAAGCGCAGAAAACGAUGAACAGUUCGCACAACAGCAGCAUCGUCCGCACGUAUAUCCUCCUAUGGAGGUGUUUCCGCUAGAAUCGACUGCCGUUCGAUCGGUAGCACCGGGAUCGGCCAGCGUUCGGCAAACGGAUUCCGAUUCGGAACCGUCGUCGAAUUCGGCUUCACAAACGCCGACGCGGUCGCAGUACGAUGUAGACCAGUCGUCGAACUCACCCAGUACUACGCACUCGCAACCGGACAAGUAGAAAACAGCGUACCUUUGCUUACAGGUUUCAGUUUUUUUAUCGAAAUAGUUGUUGAAAUCAUUUUUAAUAUGCUGUGAUUGGGAUGUUUUUUUUUAUUAGCAAACAUGUAAGGAACUUCACAGGAUAACCAACAGUACGAAACUAGUCCGUUUGCUUUGUGGAAACAUUUUUUUUCUGAUGUUACAGAGAAAUUGUAGUACAUACAAUGAGUUAGCAUUACAAGUCAUACAACAACAACCACAAUAUUUCUCUUUGGGCUGCAUCUCAAACAAACUGCUUAUAAUGUAGGGAACGAAAACAGUUGUUGUAUAUAGUUUAUAAGUUGCAUAAUUUGUUUGUCAAUGAAUAUCUAAAAAUGAGAUAAAA